CGCGUUUUCUCUCUCCUCCCGACACCGUUUAUCAGUCUUCCCCCGGUCUCCCUCUCUCUCUUCGUUCAACCAUUUCAACUCCAUUUGGUUUCUUGCAAGCAGCACACACAACAUACCCUAAAACCUCACCAAAAUCACAGUGGGGAGAGAAGCUAGAGAGAGAAACCAGUCAAACCACCUUCUCCAUUUCUCCCUUGCCAAAUCACUUCCAUCAUUACCUUGUUCAAAUUCAACAGUCAAAGAAAUAAGAUAGAGAAAGCUCGAUUCUGCUCAAUUUUUCUACUUCUAUGAUUGAUCGGUUGUGGCAGAGGUAGAUGGAUCGAGCUCUCAAUGAAUCGCAUACAACGAUUUUUCACUCAUAGCGAGAAUCGCAAAGGCAUGGACUCGAAGCAGAAGCAGAAGCAGAAGCGGAAGGGGCCGAAGCUCGAGCGCCGAAACGCCCUCAAGAACAUAGACUACGAGGCGUCUUCGGAGGACGCGUCGUCUCGUCGGACUCGGUCGCUCGAUAUAUAUUCGGCCAAUGAUCGGUCUAGCUUCAGAAUUGGAGGAGCCGAAGGUGAGGUUGAUAGAGUUUGCCGGAGCAUAGGGCUUUCGGGACCGGACGAUUUUGGGAUACCGUUGGCGGCGUGGGAGUCGAGGACGGUCCGGUCUUCGUCGGAUCUUCUGCCGAGGUCUCGGUUGCACCUACUGGACGGCGGGAUGGUAGAUUCACCUCUUCCACAACUGGAGGAUGUAGAUUCCAGUGGAUUAUCAGAUCGGUUUGAAGAUAGUGUGAGGGUUAGUGAUGCAAUUGAGGGGCAAAUUGAGUCUAUUGAGUUGAAUGAUUCUGAAUUGUUAAAUAGUGUACGAGACAGUGUUAGGGUUUGUGAUAUUAGUGAGGAUCGGAUUGAGCAGGGGGAGUCUUCUCGUGGCGACAGUGGUGGCGGCGGAGGAAUUAGGGGUAUUAGACCGCCUGUUCUUGCUCCUCCACCAGCAUUUUCGCGACGGGUUAUAGAUGACGCGUUCUCUACAGCCUCUACUUGGGAUAUUGUAGUAUCUCUUGCUCCAAAUGAUGAUAAAGGUUCGUCUUUCGUGGUUCGUGGACGGUACAGUUCUUCUGAUGAUGAAGAAGCUGUUGAAGAGAUUGAUGAGGGAGAGGAGGAGGAGGACGAGGAGGUAAUUGGGGUGAGACUGGGAGAGACUGUUGUUCUUUCUGAAUCUUGUUCGUUCACUACCACUUCAAAUGAUGAUGAUUCUUCUAGCACUGACAUUUCGCCAAAUGGUAGAAUCAGACGUAAUAUCACAAAAUGGCAAAAGGGGAGCCUUCUGGGACGUGGGUCGUUCGGAGCCGUAUAUGAAGGAAUUGCCGAAGAUGGAUUCUUUUUUGCUUUGAAGGAAGUUUCUUUGCUUGAUCAAGGAGACCUGGGAAGGCAAAGUAUAUACCAACUUGAACAGGAGAUUGCUCUUCUAAGUCAGUUUGAACAUGAAAACAUAGUUCGGUAUUAUGGUACAGAGAAGGAUGAUUCAAAUCUAUACAUCUUUCUGGAGCUGGUGACAAAAGGUUCCCUUUUAAAUCUCUAUCAAACAUAUAUUCUACAAGAUUCCCAAGUUUCUGGAUAUACAAGGCAGAUCCUGCAUGGUUUGAAGUACCUGCAUGAGCGAAAUGUGAUUCACAGGGAUAUAAAAUGUGCAAAUAUAUUGGUGGAUGCCAAUGGAUCUGUGAAACUUGCAGAUUUUGGAUUGGCGAAGGCGGUUAAGUUGAAUGAUGCAAAAUCUUGCAAAGGAACUGCAUUCUGGAUGGCUCCCGAGGUUGUUAGGAACCAAGGAAACCAAGGAUAUGGCAUUUCAGCAGAUAUAUGGAGCCUCGGAUGCACUGUCUUAGAGAUGUUAACCCGCCAAAUGCCUUACUUUCAUCUUGAAUGCAUGCAGGCAGUGUAUAGGAUUGGACAGGGUGAGCGACCACGUGUUCCUGAUUCUCUUUCCAGAGAUGCACGGGAUUUUAUACUUAGAUGCCUCCAAGUUAAUCCUAAUACUCGGCCCACUGCUACUCAGCUCUUAACCCAUCCAUUUGUGAAGCAGUCACUCACCACGUACUCAGGGUCAGCAUCUCCUUAUCAUCUUGUCAGGAGGACUUAAAAAUUUUCCAUAAGCUUUGAAGUGUAAGCAAGGUAAAAGAUUGAUUCGGUGUAAUUCAAUUUUCGGUCAUUGGUUGCAAUUCCACAUCCCACAAAAACUCAAAAGAAAAGGGAAAAAAGAGUGAGAAAUAGACUUGAAUCUUGUCAUCUGCAACUCUUUAACCAUGUUACAAAAAAACAUUGUGAAAGGGCAUUUGUUCUCAUUAUUAGUAUGAGAUUCUGGCAUGCACAUGUUGUGAUGGGAAAAGGAUAUUGAAGUUGGCUCGGGAUUUUUUCAUGCAAGAAGAUUGUGGGAAAUUCCCAUUCUUUUUGGAUCAGAUGCUUGUUGGAAGUUCUCAUAUAGUACACUCGAUUGUUUUCUACUCUGCAUCUCAAAUGCAGGGAAGAGGUAGACAGCUUGAUGAAGGGACAUUCCAAAAAGAAAAUGAAAUUAUUAUUGAGGGACCUCCUCUACAAUACUGCAUAAUCUUUACUGUCAAACCCACCCCCCACCCCAAGCCUAUGUUAAUUAAUUAUUACUUCUGAUAAAUUUAUACUGUGCCCCACAAGUUGGACUAUGACUUUGACCCUGGGCCCUUGUUACCAUCUUCACUCACCGACGUGAUACCCUCUCUCGGAAGAAAAAAACCUCCCAACCACCGUCAGAAUAUUUCCUUGCAUUGGACCCUCAUGUUGGUUAAUUGAUUCCAGGGUUGUAGUCAUUCGAUUUUUCAAUGGAUGCAUUAGAUCUCUGUGGCAUGUUGGAACUAUAAGUCGUCUUGCACCAUCCAGGAUCCAUCCAUGUACAUGAAAUCGAUGAAGACUACCAUACUAUCAAUUCCGUCGACUUUUCUGGAGAUCUUCACACCAAAUGGUGAACUGCUGCAAAUUAUUAUUGUUAUUUGCUGUCGGAAUUUUUGUUUCUUGUCAAUAGCUGAUUGGUGUAUAAUUAUUUUUUUCUCCUUCCUGCUGUCUAUAGGUUAAGCAUUAGUUGUAGAGAUCAGAAAUCAGAUGUUUCUUGUAUAUAUAUCUCUUCAUUCAAAAUUAUGUGAGAUGCAUUUCUAUUUGUAGUUUCUA